GAUUACCAGAUAAUCAGAUAAUUAUAUAAUUAAGAUUAUAUAUGAUAACUUAAAUCAAUUGUACCAUAGAUGUUUAUCCCCAAAAUAUGGGUAACUCAACUCUUUAUUCCGGAGGACAUAUAUAAUAUAAGUAUCCAUCUCGGAACAUGCGGGAAAUGAAAAAUGUAUUAUUAUAGUUCUAUAAAAGAUCAUCCGCUCCAACGGAUAUAGAUACACUCAUACAAUCAUCUGAACUCCUUUACUACUAUACCAUUUUUCAUCUUUUCUUAACUCUUAUGUUAACUUGAGUAUCGGACCUCGACACUCAUUUUAAUCUCAUUGAAUAUCCACAAAUUCCUUUGUAAUUCUUUUAUGAUCGUGUCACUUACAAUUUUCUUCAUAACAAUUGCUCUCUACUGACUUGCCUGGUAAUCGUCUCAAAUAAUAAUAAAAAAAUUUACUAUUUUUAUUAUAAAAUUUACAAUUUUAUAAAUCAUAAAUUGGCAUUCUCAAUAAAAGACUAUAAUUAUUAGAUAUAUUUAAAUAUAUUUAAAAUAUUUAGAUAUUUUUUUUUUAAAGAAUCCUUGGCACACCAAUACCCGUCCACCUGUGCGCACAUGGACCCCACUUUUCUUGGACUUGUUUCAAAUUCCAUUGGACCACGCCAAGUUGAGUGCUCCGCCAGAACACGGCGCGCUACUCUUAAAGCACACGCGCCACGAUUCCGUUGGCGUCUUUCGCCCCGUUUUAUUUCCUCUCUUCUCGCCGGUUGCAUCUCCACCCCAAUUCGCAUGCCAUCAUGUCCGCCGCUUCUCUCGCGCCAAAGGCCUCCUUCUGGUGCGCCGCAUCCCCUGCGAGGGUUCCGGGAGCAGCCGCUUCGCCGUUCGUUGACGCCCCUAAGCUCGGCAGUUCUGCUCCGCGAUGUCUCGUCGGUUAUAGUGAAUCCUCGAGGUUUUCGACGAUCGCCGCGCCGAGGAGGCUGAGGCGGAGGUCGCAGAGCUCGCGCGGAGGGAAGUUGGUCGUUUCUGCGUCUUCCAAUACUCCAAUCACUGCAACUGCCUGGAAUGUCUCUGUUCUUCAAAGUGAUUUGCCUGUUCUUGUUGAGUUUUGGGCUUCUUGGUGUGGACCGUGCAGGGUAGUUGCUCGCAUACUGGAUGAAAUCGCACCGGAGUACGAAGGAAGGAUCAAACUCUACAAACUCAACACAGAUUACUAUCCGACAGUUGCAUCUGUUCACGGAGUAGAUCGCAUCCCCACUGUCCUCUUGUUUAAGAACGGCGAGAAGAUCAAGAGUAUCACUGGCACUCUGCCCAAGUCUUCCUACGUUGAAGCAAUCGAUCAAUUGUUGUAUCACUGAAGAGUGAAGAUGCUACUGAUACACCAAACAAUGUUCCUGGAGCAAUCUUUGUCUCGCUUUCUCUGCUCGAGGCGAAACAGGAGCCCUGAAUCAUGUGUUUGCAUAUAUCAUUCUUAUACUUACCUAACAAAUGUAACUCUCAAAUUAAUUUGAGCCUAAAAUGAUACCGAUGGAUUUUUUUUUGGAAAUACAGUUUUUAUAUCAAUUUAAUUGGUAUGAAGAUUGAACUACUGUCAAUAUUAUCUUCAGACUCGUGCAUUCUUGA